GGGAAAUUGAAGAAGGGUUUCAUUUCAUUUGUACAUUCAUAAUAAUGGUGUUGAGCGGCAGAGAAAGUUUGAUUCGAUUAGUCGGUAAACGUCGUCGUUUCCUUCCCAAUCGACACUCAAUCCUCUCCGAUCCCAUUCCUAACCCUAUCAUCCCACUCUCACAACAACCCACUAUAGCCGGUAACAUUAACCCCCCAAACGACGUCGUACACUGCCCCAUUUGUUCCCUCACACUUCCCUCAGAUAACAACCACCUCAUCAACUCUCAUAUCGAUUCGUGUCUCUCUCAACCUAAACAAAGCGGAACAAAACGAAAACUAACUCAACGAACCCUACUUCAGUUAAACUUCACGCGUCCCGACAAUCUCACACACGCGCCGGAUUACACGCGCCAAGAACAAUUUCAGUUAACUGAAAAUCACAGUGUUGAUAUUGAUUCUUCGAUUAUUACUACAACUACUUCACCUUCUUUGCCUUCUAUCUCCAACAAUGUCGAUACUAAUCAUGAUAUUAUUGAUGAUAAUCAUGAUAUUAUUGAUGAUAAUCAUGAUAUUAUUGAUGAUAAUCAUGAUAACGAUGAUAAAGGCAACGUCUUUGGAGUUAAGCUUGAAACUUUUAUUGUGGGUCGGAGAUAUACUGAUCAAGUGGAAAUAUGUGAGGGUGCCACAUUCUCUCUUUUAAGAGACCCUCAAAAUGUUAAGGAUCCAAAUGCCAUCAAGGUUAUUUCUGCAGAUUCUGGGUGUUCUAGAUUUCUAGGUUAUCUCUCCCGUGAGCUUGCACAAUAUCUAUCUCCUCUAAUUGACAGCUAUGGCAUUGUAGUUCAGGGACAUGUCACUUCUGUUCCGAAACAUUCUCUUGAUGCUGUUCCAAUUCAGAUUAUGUGCCACAGAACACCAAAUGGUGAAAGCGAGUAUGAAGAUGAGACUUUUAAAUGCUUAUGGAAGAAUGCUCAAGAUGUUGUUGAAUUUGCUAUCAAGAAUCCUUCAUCUGUUAAGUAUCAGCAGAAUUUUUGUCUUAUGCUACAAGAGGUGUUAAGAAAUAAUAUUCACCUUCUAACAGAAGAUGAAAAAACCUACAUCGAGUCAUUCACUUCUCUCUCAAAUGACAGCCAGAGGCUUUUUAUUCGGCUAUACACUAGAAAAGGACCCUGGUUUCGCAUGUCCAAUAUAUCGUAUCCUGAAAUAUUGGAUGCUCAAAAGGCAGUCAAGGAUCUUGCUGAAAAAGAGUUUGUAUGCUCUGUUGAUCAUGGAAAUCAACUAUGUGAAAGUGACAUGAAUGAUAUAUUGGAUGUGCUCACUGUCGCCGAGCUGCGUGAAAUUUGGUCUUUCUUGCUUAAAAAGAGAUGUGGUCACAGCAUGAAGAAGCAGGAUCUCAUUUCAUCUAUUCUUUCUACCUAUGCAGGAUUGUGGCCACACCUAUCAACUAUGAUUUUGGAUAGAACUGGUUUCUGUAUUAAGAUUUCUUCAAAAGCUGAAUCUCUUAUCUGGCGUAUUGAGAGACUUUUCUUCUUAAAUGGAGAACAGGAUCUCUUGUCCUUUCUACUAGUUGAUAUAGGAAAGAUCAAAUAUCCAACGUAUUCUUGCACAAUAUUAGAUCCAAUAUUCUCAAAUCGCACGAAUCUGCUCGCAUACGAAGAGGCCAUUGAAGUGGCACAAAUUAUGGAUGAAGCUCUUGAUGCAAACAGAACUGAUGUGGUAUUGAGGUGCAUAGAGAUUGCUGAAUCCCGUGUGUCCACUGUGUUGCCCAUCCAAUACUCGACUUCUGAAUCACAAUCUACAUUUCAUCACAUUUUUACAGCACCAUGGAUAUACUCCAAAGUGAUUACAUUAGGGAUUUCCUUUCUUGAGCAAGAGCGCAGGUACAGGGACACAGUUGAGUUACUUAAGUGGCUGCAAAAUGUUUACACUUGUGAUGUAAAAAGAGGAUAUUGGACACUGAGAUUAUCAGUUGACCUGGAGCAUCUGGGUUACAUUGAUGAGAGCCUUCAAGUAGCCGAAAAUGGGUUGCUGGAUCCAUGGGUGCGGGCUGGUUCUAGAAUGGCAUUGCAAAGAAGGGUUCUUCGCUUAGGAAAACCACCAAGACGUUGGAAAGUUCCUAGUUUUUCAAGGUCUGUACUGCGUAAGAUCCCUGAGGUUUGUGUUCAAGGGAGACCUUUGAAUUCUGAAUUGGGAGCAAAAAACAGGUUUUACAAUGAAGAAGGGAUGCAGUGUGGAGUGGAAGAGUUUGCUUUGCAUUAUUAUGCUGGGGAGGGAUGGCAAGGUGUUCAUUCAGAGAGUGGCAUAUGGUUAACUAUUUUUGGGCUUCUUAUGUGGGAUGUAAUAUAUUCUGAUGUGCCUAAUGUCUUCUAUAAUAGAUUUCAGACUGCUCCUUUGGAUUUGGGUACCGAUGGCUUUUAUAAGGCGAGAAAGAGUAUCAUAGAAUCCCAUCUGCAGCAAAUCCGUGAUGGCAUGGCUGAGGAGUUUCUUAUCAAGUCAUGGGAAACACAUAAUGGAACAGCUUGUAGAGGAGUUAACUGGGACCGCCAUUCUUUAGAUGAGCUUCGUGCUGCUGUUACUUGCGUUGGUGGCUCUUGUUUGUCAUCCUUCUGCCAGCUUCUUUGUGAAGACUAUCGGAGCUGGUCUAGUGGAAUGCCCGAUUUGCUGCUAUGGCGUUUCUGUGGAGAAUACAGUGGUGAAGCCAAGCUUGUUGAAGUGAAAGGCCCCAAGGAUCGACUCUCGGAACAGCAGCGAGCAUGGCUACUGAUGCUUAUGGAUUGUGGAUUUACGAUCGAGGUUUGUAAAGUGAAACCUUCAUAGAUAAACACGAAUCAUUACAGGCUGCCUGCUUAAAAUUGCAGUAUAAGUACAUAGAAGAUUUCACUGCUAAAUUUCACCAUGAGAAGUUCACCGCGAAAUUUCAUUAUCAAGUUAGAAGCACUAUUCUUGGAAAGAAAAGGAAUUGCUCUGUGGACCAAAAGUGAACUGUUCUGGACUGAAAGUAAAUUGAUCUGCCAAAGGAAUAUAAAGAAGUCAAUGAUUGAUGAAGUACCAAAGAUCAGAUCAAAAUACAGUGGUCCCACAUAAUGAAGUAUCUAAAAGGCAAUGAUUUAAAAACCAGACCAAACCUUCCAAAUCAACCUGUUGAAUUGGAAUCUACAAAUUUACCGGUUGGUUUGAUUUCAGUUGUACCACAAUCUGAUUGAACUGCGGUUCAAUUAGUUUCUAUUUUUUUUUUUUUUUUUUUUUUUUUUUUUGUUUAUUUUACUUUUUGUAUGACAAAAAAUACUUUAUUUAUUUGUCAUUCAGUUGUACUUUAUUUUACCACGAUUGGAGGUUUUGAUCUUUAGUCCAGCUUUUAAAACAUUGUUGAAAGGAUUUUGUAACAAGCUUUGUUCUUUAUGUUUA